CCUCAGCAAAGCAAAACAAAACAUUUUCUCUUCUACAGUAUCGCUUGAGAGAUGAAAGGUGGAUAACUGUCUCUUUCACCCCGUUCAAUUACCACUUCUGUAACGCUGUACUGUUUACCAAAGGACGGAAAGUGUCUGACAGCAAGGGAUUAGAAUUAAGCCUCAUUUGACAGCGCGAAUUAAACCUAACAACAGACCCACCCGAACUUAUUGUCACAUCGCCAAGCUUAUGAAACAACUCGUGCGAAGGCUCCUACAACUGAACCUGUACCUUAUCUCCGAGACUUGGCGAAUCUCGUGGAUGUUUGCAUUUUAUGGAACCAAUUUCUCCAUCGUCGCCAUAGGAAUGUUCUACGUUAUUGAUUUCCGUCGUUUAUUUUGAUGUGACGCAUUACCACUCCUGCUUUCAUCACUUUCCUUCUACAGCGCAGCGACCGAAGAAUCUCCUGUUCUUAGACACGAAAAGAGAACUGUCUGGUUCUCUGUUGUGAAAGGAGUGUGGUUCUGAGGUACGGUAAUGCUUCAAGGAGGUUUGAUUGACGUGAACAGGCAUUUUCAUACCAAACUGAGAAAAUCGCUCUUCUUGCCAGUGCGCCCGCCAUAUUAAACGACGAUAAGAACGUAGUUAAGUCACCUAAACAAAACGUCCUUGUCUGACCAGUUUAUGGGCUUUGAGGGAUUACAGUGAAAAGCUUUUUAGUGGGCUGGGUUCACAGGUGACCUCCAUAACUUGUUUCGUUCAGGUUGCAUAACGACUUCAGAGACUUGAGAGUGAUUAGUGCGCCUGCCAAACAAGGCGGGAAUUUCAAAUAAACAUGGACGAAGUCGACUAUGAUCAGGAGCUUCCUCGUGAGCUCAUCAAGUGUGUCUUAGUUGGAGAUACUGGUGUUGGAAAGACACGCCUUAUUUGUGCACAAGCUCUUGGAGUUGGUAUCCCUGCACCCCAACAAGAAACAAAGCAACAUAUACAUUUUCCGACGGUUUUUGCAAUUGAUCAGUAUCAUGUGUCUCAAGAAAUAAGGGAGCGUGCGAACUUCCGAGUUGAUGGAGUCGAUGUGGCAUUGAGACUGUGGGAUACAUUUGGUGAUCAUGAGUUUAACCGAAAAUUUGCAUAUCAGAAUGCUCAUGUUGUAUUGCUCUGUUUUGCUUUAAAUUCCCCCAACACUUUCAAGAAUGUCAAUGCUGUGUGGUACAGUGAAAUAAAAAAGUAUUGUCCCAGAACCCCUAUCAUUCUGGUUGGUAUGCAAUCUGAUUGGCGUAUGUAUGGCAAAGAGACCACAGUGAACUCCAACAGAAGUUUGUCAAAGCGGAUGCGAGAGUGUUCCCUUGUGACACCAGACAUGGGUCGCCAAGUGGCAAAAGAGAUUGGUGCAACUUACUAUGAGACAAGUGUUGUAACAAUGUGGGGCAUCCAUCAUGUGUUUGAAAAUGCAAUUCGUGUAGCACUUAUCAACAGGCGACAGAUGAGAUUCUGGUCAUCUCAACUGAAAUGGAUCCAGAAUCCACAGCUUCAACCCCCUUACUUGCCAGAAAAACCUGAUCCUCCCAAAGUCACUGUGCCACCCUCCAUCUUUAAGGAAAACAUUAAGGAAUUACUUGAUGGUGGCAUGUGUGCAGAUGUAGAAUUUCAAGUUCGUGGUCAGACCAUCAAGGCUCACAGAGCAAUUCUUUGUACUGCAGCACCAACAUUUGCUAAGCUUUUCUCUUUGAAUGAGGAAAAACUCUUCAAAGGGCUCAGCACUAGAGAAAAACUUGUGCUUCAGGAUGCUCUUGUGUUUGGAGAGCGAGGGAGUCUACCCAGGGGUUUUGUGGCGCUUGAUUCUUACAAUGAUAUCUGGGACAAUGAGGAACAGAGCUCCAUGGUUCAAGUUACAGUUGAAAACUCUCUUACAUACAGAAAUUUCAUGUACAUUCUUGAAUUUCUGUACAGUGGAAAUAUUCCUCUUGAUGCAUGCACUGAGGAACUCAAAGAUGCUGCAAGAAAUCUUCAACUCUGUAACCUUGUAAGUUACAUUGCCAAUGUAAUGAACAAUAUGGAGUACAUGAACACUGAAAUUCACUCAAAAAUGGUGCGAGAGAUGUCUUCCAGUGCUAAAAAGCUGGUGAACUCUGAAAUGUUCUCUGAUAUUGUGUUCCGCAUUGAAGGCAGGAUUGUUAUGGCUCACAAGGCAUUUCUGGUUGCACAGUGUGAGAUGAUGGCAGCAAUGUUUAUGACUGGACACUUCAAAGAAAGUGGGGUACAAGUGGUAAGAAAUUCUAAAUUCUUUUGUUGAAUUACCAUUUAAUUUUCAAUGACUUGUAGUAAUGAGGGUGGGUAAACUUGUAUUCAAAGACAGUGGCCUGGGUUUGAUUCACAAAUUAUGCAUAUUAUGUGAGUUAAGCUGUUUGUUGUUUUUUGCUCCUGACCCAAAGGCUCUCCUUCAAGUUCUCAAGUUUUCUUUCCUCCACAAAAUCCAACCUUUUAAAAUUCUUAUUCAACCUUGAAACUUAGAGUAGAAGAGACACACUUUCAAUGAGGAUGUGACAGCCAAAAUAAUUUUCAUUUUGUUAGUUGUUGAAUAUUUUUAUGGUACACUAUAUUUUAAGAUACUUAAUUCCCAUGCAUGUACAUGAAACUUUUCCAUGUAAUAUCAAUGCUCUUUUGAAUAAACUUGUGAUUAGGACUGAAAAACUCACCAAGUAAGGGUUCUAUUAGGGGGUUAAUUUUGGCUCUACACUAUGUUUUCUUGAAAUGUAAACUCACAUGAGGAAAAUUGCCAGAUCAUUGUCAUGAAAGGGUCAACAUUAUAACUUUGUCUAAAAAAAAUGAUCCAGAGGGAUAAUGAGAUGGUCAUCUUGAUGAUCUUUCCCUGUGAUCAAUUUCUGAGAUGACUGAGUGGGUUUUAAGGGAACAAGUUUGGUGGCUAAUGAAAUAUUCACAGCGAAAACAAAAGAAAAGUAAAGAAAAAAAAGAAAAUAAAAUCAACAAUCAGCGCCAAACCACUCAGUAAUUUGCAAAUUGGCACCUAUUUUUGUGCCUUACAAAUUAACCCAGCUGCCUUGUUGAUAGCCAUUACUUGAAUUGCUUAUUGUUGUACAAUUGUGCAUCAAAAAAAUAUUAAAAGGAAGCUAAGUUUAAAGUAUGGUUAACACUAUUCCUAGAUAUCUUCAACUUUCUUAGAUGAGUAUACCAAACUUAAAUGAUAUUUAGAAAAUUAAAACAAUGAUUAUUUUAACAGGCGUAGGAUGUAUUUAGUCAGCUCCACCCAAUACUUAACUCUAACUCUGUGAAUAAUUUAUUUCUUGCAAAUUUUUUUCAGUUUUAAACCCUCAUGGCAUUGAAAACCAACCAUAAAAGUUAUGUGGCUGUUGAAUGUGAAUUCUGAAUUAAACAAUUUUUUGCAGUUAAACAUUACCUAGUGGCAUUUAGGCUAGUUGUAUAUUUACAUAACAUUCACACAUCCGCUCAGCAGGUGUUUGUGAAAAAUGUUUUAGUAAAUGGUCACAUUGAAAAGAAAGCAAAGUGGCCAAAAUGUUAGUUCAGUUGGUGGGCUUGGAAUAUUCAUUUUGUUUUGUCUUAACAAGUAUAUUGCCUUCCACUAGGAACAAUAAUUGUGAUUAGUAUUUACAUUACAAUUAGAGCUGAAGAGUGUCUGCCUUAGCCACAUUCUCUGCAUUCAUAUGCAAAUGCAUUAAUAAAUGUGUAAGAUUCAUGUUAUUUUUGGGAGUUAAAAGGUCUUGUUGGACAGGUUUUGCUGUUAAGCCCUUUCUUUACAAGAGGCCUGAUGUCAAAAGACUUAACCCUUUAACUCCUAAGAGUUAUUAGCAUCUAAUUUCUCCUUACAAUAUCAGCCUGUAAUCACUCAGUCGGGUCACAAGAAUAAAGGAAAUGAUCACCAACCAAAGAAGCUCUUGAUUAAACAAAUUCUCCUUGUGAGCAAUGUAGGAAACAUGUAGAGAACAGUAUGGAGAAUAUACAUACUGAUAUUAGGGUGUAAAAGGUUAAGGCUUGGUUGAUUUUCUCUCACCUAUAACUAAAGUUAAUAAGGCAACUAUUGAAUGCAAACAGUUAAAAAAUAAGAGUACUUCUACUCAUGACAUCAACUUUUGUCUUAACUUUAAAUUUUGAUGCAUCUGGCAUGCACUUUGGUGUGGGUUAGUCAAGAAAAUGAAGAGUUAUGUGCACACCCUCUAUGUAAACAAUCACUACUUUUGGACUGAGUGUAAGGGCAAGGUGGAAAGAUAUUUGGCUGUCAGUCAUGACAUUCAGAGUUUGCUAUGGUUAGUCUAUAUGUAAUGACCCAAAGUGAAAUUUUUUCUUGUUUAGCCCGACCUUACUUGCUCAAGAAGUAUAUAGCUCUUAUCUGAUUGGUGUGCUCUUUUCUAGUCUUGCUUGUCCAUCACAUUUGGCCCCCAUCUAGGUCUUUUCUAUAAUUUUUGUUAAUAAAAGGGUAUGUGAGAAGCCUUACAGGUCACAUGAUAAAUAUGUAACUGUAUGUUUCUUGAAUUGCAUUAUUUGCGGCUCUACAGUUUUUCACUGUCAUGGAAAGUUAUGAAGGCUGGUCACUUCGAGGAGGUCAAAGGUUACAUACUUUCUUUUCUAGGUGGAAUUUAAGGACACAAACUUUGAAGCGUUUUUAAAUGUCCUAGAAUAUCUCUACACUGGUCACUGCCUAUCUCUAUCAGUGGACGAUAUCAUUAGUGUGUUGGCUCUGGCAAAUUUCUUUUGUCUGCCCAGACUUGUGGCUCUUUGUGAGCAACACAUUGUCAAAGAACUGCAGGUUGCCAUAGCAACAAAUGAAAUGGCUGUCGCUGAGGACAUUGUUGGUAUGUAUUAAUAUUUUUCUUGUUCAAAAUCAAAGCAACUGAGUAUCUUACUUAAAAUAUGGUUCAAUCCAUAGCUGGGAAUGAAAUUUGAUAUACAUUUGAAUGUAUAUGAUGAUAUUUAUGAGAAGAACUUGUGUAGCAAAAUAAGAAAACACUUAUAGUACUUUAGUUAAUUACAGUCAAGUUAGUUCAUGAUGGUUUUAUAUCAUCUAUAUUAAAACAAAGAUUAGUAACUUUAAGAGAAUGUCGCAGUCAGUAAUGUGUAAGCUAAAAGAUAGUGACAAAUUUAGGUACAAGGGGGUAGCUGGAGGAAAGGAUGAUGGAAGUUAAAUAUGGAAUCCUCUAGCAGACUCAACUCUUUCAGUUCCUUUUAACCCUUCUCACUCUAACAUCAAUGUGGUUAUUCUCUAUACUGUUCCCUAUAUUUUUCCUGUGGCAAUGACAAGAGGAAUUGAUUUAACAAGCAAGAUCUUCUUUAGGUGGCCAUCUUUUCUUUUUUUCUCCUGAACUUAAUGCUUGAUUCAGGAGUAAUACUAUAAGAAGAAAUUACAUUUUGGUUACUAUUGGAGUUUAAAGGGUUUCUGUGGUGAGGCAAUUACCUUCCUCGACUGUGGAAAAAAAAAAGAAAGUUUGUAGUCGUCCAAUGCAAUGUUAAAAUUUUGUGUUUUAUUUACUUAUUCCAUUCAGCUAUCCAUGCAGUUGGAUUUGCUUAAUGGUGGUCUUACAUUCAAGUCAUUGACUAUUCUCUCUAACACUACAUGUAGCUAUUUGCUUUCAAGUUGUUUCAUGUUUAACCACAACAAAAGUGUAUUAUGACUAGUGACUCCACUCCAAAAAGUUAAAUAAUGUUUACUUUUACUUUAUGUCAACUCAAGGUUAUCUUCUUGAGGCUCAAAUUCACAAUGCUUCACAACUAGAAGCCUGGUGUAUUUACUACAUUGCCACACACUACAAUGCAGUCUGCCGCCAUUGCCCUAAGCAUGUGAAGAACCUCGACUCAUCGACACUCAAGAGCAUAGAAAAGAAACGGUGGCCACCAGCCUGGUACAUUCUAGAGGCUGAUUGGUAUGAAAAAGCAACAAAGGAGCUUGAAACUGAGAAGGCUGCAGAGAAGCUACGGAAAUCGCACAAGCACAUUAGGCAUAAGAGGAAGUGUAGCUGCUUGUGAGAUCACCCUCAAAACAAGGUGGCAGUGUUUCACUGUAGUGGCAAAUAAACAGACUUUAAGUAGUGUAUUUUGCAUCUUGAUAUGACAGAGAUAUAUAUCUUAAAGCCUUAAUAUAAUAAGUAUUCAUAUAGAGCAUUAUUAUUAUUAUUAUAGUUGACAUAUAACUUUUGGAUACAACAUGUAUGUAUUUUUUUAAUUACAGUAUAAUUACAAUGGAAUUAUAUUCAGUCUGCCUUACUUACGUGUCUAUCAGAAUAUCACCCAUAUCAGUAGUGUCACUAGUGAUGUGAUUUUGUGACAGAAAUGCUAAUAUAAUUGUAGUUUAAUUUCAGGGGCUAAAGUAGAAGAAAAAGUGAAAAAAAUGUGUGGAUGUCUCUGUAUAUGAAGUUUAAGCUGUACACAUGAAAAAUAACAGAGGGUAAUGAAAAUUAUUGUUUAUUGUUCAACAAAAAUCACAUAAUUGCAGUCACACUGAAAAUUUACUUGAUUGUAAAUUAAAGCAGUUGCAGGCUGGUCAAGUGGAUACCAAUCAAUACAGUACAGUAGUAAUAUUAACUAUCAGUGCACCAGGUGCUCCUAUAGAGAAAUUGAUUAUAUUAUCAACAGAGAAAAAUUAGUGUAUUGUGACCAGUGUUGCGAGUCAUAACUGAAUGACUAAUAUAACAUGGACUAUACCAAAGCAUUAGAAUAGCCUCCAGAGGUGUAGAUAUGUAUCACAGUUUACCAGUACAUGUAUAGGAAUUUUUUUUUCUUAGUUUGUACCUGUGUUUAGAAAGUUAUAUUUACUGGAAGUACUUUUGGAAAGUUACUAUCCAGUCCAGAUAUAACAUUCUUUAAAUUACCCAAAAUGUUUGUGUAGGCAUGCACUAUCAGUGCAGAACUAAAACCCAAGUGUGUUUUUUUUUGGUGUUCUUUGUACUUAUCAGGCGUAUACUAUCAAUUACUUAAUGAUAUCUUCUUGUAUCAUCAAGCAAUGUAGCCCUUACUUGCUUGAGCUAAACUACAUUGAAUACUUAAAUACCAAAAUGCAUUCCUGCAAGCACUGUUAUCUUUGAAAACAAGUAUGUGCAGAAAAUAUCCUUAGAAAAAAUUCCACCUUUUUUUCUUGUGAAAAGGCAUUUUUAUGUUUUAGUUUCAAGGAACUACUCUCAAGUAAGGUAGUAUAUUUACAAAUUCAGGUUGUCUUUAGCUGUUGUUUUGGAGCUGCAUAGCAUAGUUCCUUAUGUAUGUGAAUGUUGUUUUGUAAGUCUUACAAGUAUAUUCCAACUGUGCUAAACAGUGCUAAGAAUCAAAGCAAAUAAGCAUCCUAAAGAAAGUAGAUGAAAUUUAAUUUUUGUUUCUCUUUUGGAUGUGCCAGAUUUGUAGAAGUCACUUAGAUAGAAGUAGCACUUUGGGUUUGUGGCUAAUUUCAAUCUUGAUAAGUUAGGAAUUGAGAUGUUAUGGCAAGUCUGAGAAAACUGUAGAAAGAUGUUGAUAUAUUUCUUGACUGUGACACCAUUUGGUAGCAUAGCAAAGUUUAAGUGCCAAGGUCACAUUAGACUGGACAGCCAUUUAGUAUUUUGUUUAUAGAUGUCUUAUAUAGGACAAAGAGAGGUAAUUUUUUCUUGGUGAGCAUACAAAAUUUAAAUUUAGUUGGGUGUUACAAAAGAGAUGAUUUAUAAAUAUACC